GGCAGCUGGGCUGUUCACUGUGCUGUGUGCCAGUGAACUGGGCUGUGCUUGUCUGAAACUGACCGCAAUAUGACAAUAACUGGACACUCACCUUUCAUGAGUUUAUUAGGCAUCCCAAUCGCACUUCCGAUUAAAUUCCAAGAAACGGUUUGCUUUUCUGAGGAAAGACAAUCCUAUUUACGAAGUAUACUUCUAUAUCAAGAGACAGCAUCAAUAUCUGUAUCUAUAUAUCAGUCAUUUAAAAUAUUUGUUCAGAAACACAUUUGUUGUUUCCCAUUCAUAUUGGAAGUCAUGGAGUACUGUCAUACGUUAUGCCUUAUUAUUACACAAACGCGGUGACAAGAACACAGGUGUUGGCUUUAACGUUUCUACGAUUAUGCCUUUUGCUAGCAUAAAUCGCCCUUGUGCUCGUUGCUGUGACGUGUACAAAUGUCUGUACUGUCCUGAGCGCAGAUUUGAAACUGCAUCGGCACUGAUUUGGCAUUUGAAGAAAAGCCUAAAACACAAAUGCCAGCCGAAGUAUACGAAAUUCAAUUGCCAAAAAUGUAACGCGGAGUUCCAAAGCAAACAUGGAUACAUACAUCAUUUACAACAAAAGAGAUUACACAAGUACGACCUUCAUCAAGCUGCCUGCUGUGGAAGGUUUCAAGACGUCGCCAGGUUUAUUCAGAAUGAGAAUGCGAAUGAGACAGGAGCUUCUCAUGUUGUGAAAAGUGGAGAGCUUUCGUAUCAGCUUGGUAUGACACCGAUGCAUUGUGCAGCAUUUAAAGGAUAUUCCAGAUGCUUGAGAAUAAUGCUUUCUUGGCAAGACGGCGAUCCAAAUAUAGCAGACGAAAUUGGUCAAACCCCAGUUCACUUGGCGGCAAAAUGCGGGAAAGCAAGCAGUCUGCAAUUGUUGCUAAGCAAAGGUGGCAGAUUUGAUUUAGAAGAUGACGAUGGGAAGAUUGCGAUGGAAUUGGCGACAGAUCAGUGCAUUGAAACUAUUAUACAACAUGAAAUUGCAACAAUGAUUCGUAAAGGAAUAUCGAAAUUUUUCACGAGAGGAAUGGAAGAGUACAACUUUCACAGUCAUGCUGAAGUUACCGAAAUUGAUGACGAAAGUUCUUCCACUGAAGACAAAAAUACUUUUCCUGUUUCCCAUAGUGACAAUGCAAGUUUAGCAAUGUGUCCAGCCGUCCCUUGCCCGAUUCAAGAUUUCCAGGCUGUUGCUGAGGACAGGAGUGAUGCAAGCGAAGACUCUUCAUGUAGCGUGUCUGAAAGCAAAUCGAAUGUUAUCGUGAAAAUUCCAGAUUGUAGCCAAGUUUCUCCCAAUAUCUUGCCAUGUGAAGUAAUAGCUCGGGGUCAAAAAGCCAUCAACGCCUUCAAGACAGCGUUACAGGAAGGCACAUCGUCUGUUUCGAGGUUGAAAAUAAUUGUCGUUGGGGAUGUUCGAGCCGGAAAGACAAGUUUAAUUAGAUCACUUAGCGGACAGCCGUUCGUAGAAACCCGGGAAGAAACCCACGGCAUUGCAACGACGUCUCUCGUUGGAUCUAUUGUGCAAAAUACAGAAUUAAAUGUUCCGUGGAAACUUGCUAAUAGCAAUGAUUCUCAUCUUGACGAACUCAUUGCCCGAGUUGUGUCGGAUACUUUGAAAGGAAACAUGGAAAAGAAUGAAAUACCUGGCCGACGUGUACCUGAACUCCCGCCAUCUCCAACGGAAUUUAAUGUCAAUCAAAUCCUGACACCAGUGGCCUCCACUGGUCAAUAUUUACCUAUACCAACCCGGCAAGGGACGUGUUCGGAGGUAUUAAUAACAGACCCUUCAAUUUCUGUGGAAGGUAGUCCACGAAAAUUACCUGCGUCUCUCAUCGCCAAAAAUCUCUUAAAAAAAACGAACGAAAGUGAAAGCGUUAAAGUAAAUAUUUGGGAUUUUGCUGGUCAUCACCUCUACGAGCCUAUGCACCAUUUAUUUAUGAACAACAGAAGUUUAUAUUUAGUGGUCUUCAAUUUGAAGAAGAUGGUUAAAUCGCCUCAAAAUUGCCUUUGUCGUAUACAUUAUUGGCUGAACUCAAUUGCUAGUCACACAUCAGCAUCAACUCCUGUCAUUCUAGUCGGAACGCACAAAGCGAAGUUACAUAACCCAAAUUACAUCAAAGAAGCAAACAAGCUUUGCGAAAAGCAUUUUGCCUCAAUGUUUGGACAGCGACUUGUAAGGGGUUUUAACGGAGAACUCGUUUUUGCCGUCGAGAAUUCGGAAAGCGAAGAAGACGAAGGGAUUACCGAUUUGAAAAAUGUGAUUAAACAUGAUGUAUUAACAAAUGAUUUGUUUAUAAAUGAAAAGUUUCCCCUCAAGUGGCUUCACUGUGAAGAGGAAAUCAUAAAGCACCGACAAAAUGCGGAUGCUAAUUUGUGUAUGACGUCAAAUGAACUUAAGAAGUUGUUAGAAGAAAGAUGUAUGGUGAAAUUCACUGAAGAAGAAUUUUAUUCCAUGAUAUCUUUUUUUCAUGAUAGUGGUCUAGUUUUAUUACCAGGAAAUAUGUGUGGCGUUAAAGAGGACUCUUUGGUUAAAGAUUUAGUGAUUUUGUCUCCACAGUACCUAGUAGACAUAAUGACAAGCAUUCAUGACGCCCCGAAAAACCGAUCUCUCCAGCGUCAGUUCUCAGACGAAUUUGGAAAGUUGCAAUCGGAAGGUCGAAUCGAUAGCCAUGUUCUAGAACAUAUUUGGAGGGAUAAAAAAGUCGAAGGAGAGGUUCUUGUUGAAUUGUUGUCAUGUUUCAAUAUUCUCUACCCAAUCAGUAAUACGGAUUUAAAAGAAGAGAAAACACAAGCGAAAGAGUACAUAAUACCUUGUAUGUUGAAAAAUAAAUCCGAGGAACAAGAUGAUCAGCGAUGGAUGAAAGCUUGCGAAAAGUGGAAAAACGUUACCGAUGAAGAAGACAAGUUUGUGUUCGAUUUUGGCCGCUAUCUUCCACCAGCAUUGUUUGACUACUUGUUAGUUCACAUUUAUCGCCGAACCUGCUUCCAGAAAGGGUUUGAACCCAUCCUGAAAAGACGCACAGCAAUUUUUUCGAUGUCCAACAAAUUCCUGUUUCGCUUGAAGUUGGUGCUAAAAGAUUGCCAAAUCUGGGUUCAAUCCAGGUGUCAAAAGAAUGAAAAUUUUCUUGACUUGGCACGUAUGCUUAAAGAAAUGGUAUACGAAAUAUCACAACAAUAUUUCAAGUAUUUGAAGUUCGCAUUUGGGCCUCCUUGUCCACGAGAAGAUUGUCCAGGCGCCACGUUCCAUUAUGAAAGCAUACAGCGACCUUGUGAGUCGGGUUUUGAAUCCGGUGAUGAUGCAGCGGGUUCUCAAUCCAGCGACGACGAGUCGGAUGAGAAAACGGACGUGAUUCCUGAAGUGAACGAUUUUCCUGUGGACCGCCAAAAUGAGCGACGAUGUCACGUCAUUCAUUUGAAUCUAGAUUCGUUUGAUCCACCUUAUUGGUGUCAAGAGGUCGAUAUAAGCGAAGACUUGAAGAAGUGGGAUCCAACAAUAGUUGCUCUAGAUGAGGAUGAAAAUGAAUGCGUAUCAAGCCAAGAGAAAGAAAUAAAUGCACCAAAUUUUUAUCAAGCAGUAUGUGUUCAAGAAUGUUGUCUUCAAUUGGUUGCCGAAGGCCUGGGUGGGCACUGGAAAGAACUUGGUAGAAAGUUACACGUAAAAGAAGCGGAAAUUGAAAAUAUCGAUGCUGACUUCCUCAAACAACUAGAGUGUGGUUUUCAGGUACUUUUGAAGUGGAAGCAACGUUUUGGCACUGAAGCGUUGGUGAGCGAAUUGAUCAAUUCUCUUAAUAACUUGCCAUUAAAAGAGAUGGCCGAUAAGCUGCGCGAACACUGUUUGGAGACUCACGACACGACAUUUUUACCAUGAAUUUCAAAUUUGCCAAAACGGCUGAAGUCUUUUCAAACUUCCAUUUCUAAUGCCUCUGGCAUUUAUUGCAUGGCGUUAUACUUCAUUGCAAGGAUGUAUUCUUUUUACAUUGGAGAUAAAAUGCCCGUAGAUAUAUAUGUUUAAAGGUUUAUCUUCCUAAAAUAAAA